AUGCCCUCUGUGGUGGACAAAGCAAGUCAAUUCUCCUUGCAACACAAACGCUACGCCUUCACAAACCGAUGCCUUGCUGGAAAGAAACGAUUCACAAAACUCUGCCAUCAAUUCAACUUCUCCUCCUUGAUCCAACACCGUCGCCUGGUUUACCAGCGAUCGGAUAUGCCUCAGCAAGAUUCGGAAGAACAAGUCUUUGUAACUAGAAACAAGAGGUCUUCCGCAUCACCCGAACCCACCCAGAGUCACCACUCUCAACAAAGUCCUUCAAGUGGUGGAUCAGAUAAGCCCCGGGCCAGCAACGACCAGGAGAGCGGUCAGGGCCGUCGAGGUUCGCCUGGCGCUCAAAGCAGUCUAGACAAUUCACCCGCUGCAAGAAUCCGUCGCGAGGCCAUAGAAAAGUGUGAAAAGCUUCUCAACGUGCCCUUUCCUCACAGUGUUAAAGUGCAAGCCGCCGAUCCUAGUCAAUCCGACGUCGAGCCCACGAACCCGUCGGCGGCCUACCUGGAUUACUGCAUCAACAAAGAACUGAGACGGCGUAAACAGAAUAUCGUUGAUAAUUUGAUGGCUGCAAUCUCGGAAUGUGUUGAAAGAAGACUGGAAGCACUCGAGGAAGAGUGUGAGCAUACUUCCAGAUCACACAGUUCGCGUGCUUUUCAGUCAGGAAAACACAUACUACAAACAGCUGGCCAAAAGAGGUCCAAAGGUCAAACUGGCAGAGACGAAAGUGAGAAUGAGGAAGAAGGAGACGACAAAUUUCGUAGAAAGAAGGACAACAAGAGGACAAAAACCACAAAGGACGACUCUCGCCCUCGGUUUGCUUGCCCUUACCAUCAAAGAGACCCCAAGAGAUUCGGCACCGAGAGAACAUGUUGUGGCCCGGGGUGGUUCGAAAUCGGCCGAGUAAAGGAACAUCUUGAGCGAAGACAUAGUCUGUCUCCGCAUCAAUGCAAUCGAUGUCUUCGCCGAUUCGACGAUGAGAAAGACCUGAAGAAGCAUCAACGGAUGACGACUCCAUGCCCAGUAAAAGAGACAAGCAGCCUUCAACGAAACCUUCUGGAUGGCUACGACGAGGAACAAGCAAAGAAGCUGAAAACAAGAGUGAGGAUGAACCCCGUUGAGAAGUGGAGGGAGUGGUAUUGUGCUCUAUUUGAUGUCAAGCCUGAUUCUCCCGACAUUCCUUCACCUUAUUAUGAUCCUUCUCUCUCAACCACUCGGGCAACAACCGUCAAGGUCGAAAACCCCGAGGAAUUGCGUGAAUACUGGAUCAAGGCCAAGCCAGCCAUUCAACACCAAGUCGCCAUGGUAGUAGAAGAUGCAUUUAGCGACUGGGAACCUCAAUUGAAGGUGACUGUCAUCGAACGUCUGCAAGAGCUGCCUCGUAUAAUUGCAGACAAGUUUCCUUUCCCAGGACUCAGCCCAGAAGAGACGUCCACAGCAGCCGAUGACUUUGGGCUUUACUCCUGCUUGGACUAUUACUCCUUUGCCCCAGAAGACCUGGGAGAGGAUCCUUUCGACUUUCAGGCCAUAGACGACGGGGCUAUGCGGAAUAACUCGGCAACGUUUGAUGUGAAUGAGUCCACGGACUCCUCAGACGCAUAUCAAGCCAGUGACAGCUCAGCCACGUCUCUGGGAGACGAUGCAGCAUACCAACAGUUUGACUACAAGGCAGCUGUGAUGCCGAAUAGCUUCGAUCUUAGUCUCCCAAAUAAUGGCGGAUAUUACUAA